AUGGGCGUGGCAGCGCCGGAUAAAUGGACUCGGUUUGGGGUUCUUCCUGUUUUCUGGAGAAAGAGGAAGCUGCUGAGGGGAGAAAAACCGUCUCUAAUGGCGGACUGGAAGCAGAAAUGCGAUUCCGAGUGGCAGCUGGCGGCUCAUGGAAUUCCUUUACCGGAUGACGUGGACUGGAAAAGUGUGUUCGAGAAGAAACCACUGGAACGAAAUUUACUGAAAAACUCGGCGCCUUACGGUUUGUCUCAUGACACACCACUUCCAGAACGUGAGGUGACUGGGGAACGCCCGGAUCCUGACUUGCCACAGCAGUUUGAACCGACGGGUGAUUUCUCAGGUUGGAGCACCAGUACAGAGAGGUUGCCAGAGGACACCAGCGGGAUUCCUCCGGGCGUCGUAGUCUGCUUCAUGCCAGUCUACAGCUGGUUCUCCUUGGAGCAGCGAGUCGAUCUGAAGGCUGAGGGACUGUGGGAAGAGCUUCUCGACGCAUUCCAGCCGGACAUAGCCAUCGAGGACUGGUAUGAGGAGAGUCAGCUCAAUGCCUCGAUCUAUGAGCUUCAUGUGAAACUCUUGGCUGAUGAUGGACAGACAGUGAUUAAAGAACACACAUACAAUCCCACAGAGAACCUGGAGAUCUACUCUCACAACUGGAAAAAGGUUUCCCAUGUGUUCUCAGGCUACGGACCCGGCGUGAGAUAUGUUCACUUCAAGCACAAAGUGAAAACCAAGUUCAUGGUCGAAUUCUUCAACACCGUGGUCACCGAUAGCUCUGUUGUUGUCAAGGCAACCAAAUCCAGCCCAUAACACGUCAGAUGGAGGUCUACUGUCUAAUUUUGUCUGCAGGGAAGUGAUGAUGCACUAGUGGGAGAUGGAGUGAUUUUAUGCUUUAAUAAACCAACGCGUUUCUCAACA